AGAUACAUAACAGACGAACUCAAACGCAGCAUCUACAGUCAGCCUCAGGUUUAUAAAAAGGCUGCUUUCAUCAGCUGUAUAUAAACGUAAGUUUUCAUUUAUUAACUAAAUACACCACCAUCCAGAUGGCAAUUCAGUGUGUCACUGCCGUCACGUCAACAACCCCGCUCAAACGCAGGUUUACAUCACUCUUUACGGUAAAGCGUGUGUAAACUCUCCAUGGUGCAUUCGAGUUUCAUUAAACAAUUUUAUUUGGAUUUUUUUGCGGAAUUUUUAAAAUGUGGCAAUGCAUGUCUAAUAUGUGUCAGUUUGGCACCUACUUAUUAAAAUGCUCCAGUUUAUUCACAGCAAUAUGAUUUUUUAAAUAAAAUGAUAGCUAGAUGGGUAGAUCGACAAACGUAAGUCAGAAAAAAUACUUAUAUACAUUAAUACCGUUUUAAGAAACCUUCGUCGCCUUUUAAUCAAAUAUUAUAGAGUUUACGAGGUGCCUAUGAAUGCAUGCAACGACGUCCUUGUCCGCUAACACAAGCUUUACCGUAUAGAGGGAUGUAAACGUACAACCGAUCUGUAAGUGGCGAUAGCGCGACUGCACGUUUCAGGAAUGUAGAUGGCGUCACCGCGGUACUGUGUCCAAUGUACGUUUCUGUAGCAGCAAAUGUUCCUUCUUGGGUGAGAAACAUUCUGGCGACAAAGUGACCAUCGACUGACUCUGAGGGAGGUAAGAUAAGCACAUUUGCUUUAUUUUCCACAACGUAAAAAUAACAUUCCUGGGUUUAACUGUUAGCUUGUUGUUGUACCACCGGGCUAACUUUGCCUGUUGUCUUUCAGGCUAGAGUGGUAGCGGGGUCUGAGCGGCUGCUUGCCACUACUUUGCUCUACUAUCAGUACAAGUUACAAUCAUGGUGAACCAGGUUCAGCGAGGGGACGGUAGUUUGCAGUCAUGCAAGAGUGACUCCAGUGGAGCCAGCAACAGCGGCGGGGAGAGCUCCAAGGAGAGUUCCCGGUGUUCCACGCCGGUACUGGACGCAGACCGGUCGGACAGGCUGCGUGACAAGAUGCAAAGGAGGAUGGAUUCUGGUGACCACUGGUUCUCACUGGAAUUCUUUCCUCCCCGCACAGCCAGUGGAGCUGUUAAUCUGAUCUCAAGAUUUGACCGUAUGGGCUCUGGAGGGCCCCUGUUCAUUGACAUUACCUGGCAUCCAGCUGGGGACCCCGGCUCAGACAAGGAAACCUCAUCAAUGAUGAUUGCCAGCACAGCGGUCAACUAUUGUGGCCUGGAGAGCAUCCUCCACCUGACCUGCUGCAACCAAACCAAAGAGAAGAUUACUGGUUACCUAGGCAAGGCAAAGCACCUGGGCCUCAAGAACAUAAUGGCACUAAGGGGAGACCCAGUGGGAGCAGACUGGGAGGAAGAGGAGGGAGGCUUCAACUAUGCCAUUGACCUUGUUAAACAUAUCCGAUCAGAGUUUGAUAAUUACUUUGACAUCUGUGUUGCUGGAUACCCCACAGGCCACCCUGAGGCAGAAAGCUAUGAGGACGAUCUCAGGCACCUGAAGGAGAAGGUGGAUGCUGGAGCAGACUUUGUCAUUACUCAACUGUUCUUCAGGGCAGACACUUUCCUUAAGUUUCUGGAUGACUGCAGGGCAAUUGGUAUCACAUGUCCCAUCCUACCAGGAAUUUUCCCCAUUCAGGGUUACCAGUCUCUGCGUCAGCUUGUCAAGCUAUCAAAGCUCGAAGUACCAGAGGAGAUCACCAAAGUCAUCGAGCCGAUCAAAGACAAUGAUGCUGCUAUCCGUAACUAUGGAAUCCAACAUGCGGUGGAGAUGUGCCGUGUGCUGCUGGAUAGUGGCAAGGUACCAGGCCUCCAUUUCUAUACACUGAAUCGAGAAGUUGCCACCAUGGAGGUGCUCCGACAGCUGGGCCUGUGGAUUGAAGAUCCCAGACGACCUCUUCCCUGGGCAGUGAGUGCCCAUCCCAAACGGAAGGUAGAAGAUGUUCGACCCAUCUUCUGGGCAUCUAGGCCCAAGAGCUACAUCUACAGAACCCAGGACUGGGACGAGUUCCCCAACGGCAGAUGGGGAAACUCUUCAUCUCCAGCUUUUGGUGAGUUAAACGACUACUACCUGUUCUACUUGAAGAGCAAGUCAUCCAAAGACGCACUGCUACAAAUGUGGGGUGAGGAGCUGAUGAAUGAAGAGAGCGUCUUUGAGGUCUUCACCUGCUACAUCACAGCCCAGCCAAACUGCAGUGGACAGAAGGUGAUGUGUUUGCCAUGGAAUGAUGAGCCUCUAGCCCCAGAGACCAACCUGUUGAAAGACAAGCUUGGGAAGGUAAACAGGCGAGGAGUGCUCACCAUCAAUUCCCAGCCCAAUAUCAAUGGCAAACCUUCCACAGACCCUAUAGUGGGUUGGGGACCUGCAGGAGGCUACGUCUUUCAGAAGGCCUAUCUGGAGUUCUUCACCUCCAGUGAAAACGUGACAGCUCUGCUCAAAGUACUGAAGAAGUAUGAGCCCCGUGUCAACUACCAUAUUGUUAAUGUACAUGGCCAUAACCUGACAAAUGCCCCUGACAUGCAGCCUAACGCUGUAACAUGGGGGAUCUUUCCUGGCAGGGAGAUUGUUCAGCCUACUGUGGUUGACCCAGUCAGCUUUAUGUUUUGGAAGGAUGAGGCCUUCGCCUUGUGGAUCGAGCAAUGGGCCAAACUCUAUGAAGACGAGUCUCCUUCACGGAUGAUCAUCAAAUAUAUCCAUGACAACUACUUCCUUGUAAAUCUGGUGGAUAAUGACUUUCCUCUGGAGAACUGUCUGUGGCAGGUCAUUGAUGAUAUGUUUGAGUUGAUUGAUGCACCUCCAGAGCUGCUCCAUGAUGGAGCAGUUGCUGAAUAAAAUCAUUUUUGGGGAAAGAAAGAACACUGUAACUAUUGACAUUUUAUGCAUUGUCUAAAAAAUCUUAACACAGUGCUUGAGUAAGAAGUGUACUUCAGUGUUUUCAAAGACGUUUUUAACAUUUAGGUGAAUGAAAUUCUGGAAAGUCUUAUAAGCCAUAUCCAGAUGUUUUUACAAAAGUUUUUUUUUUUUUUUUUUUUUUUUUUUACCUGAUUAGGUGCUUCAUUCUCUGUAGCACUCUAAAUUACAACUAACUUCACUCAUUCUUUUAAAGGUGACUUUUACCCCACUGAACACUUUUGGAAUGAACCGGAACAGAGAUUGCGAGCCAGACUGCAUGAAUGAGCACAGAUUCCCACAGAAACACAAAAUCUUGUGAUGUGAUGUCAUUAUAGCCCCUGUUGGUGUCAUGGCCAGGUGCCCCAAUACUUUUGUCUAUAUAGUGCCUAAGGGGAAUCUCUUUCCAUCUGGCGCAAAUGUCCAUUUGGACUCAAGGAUGAGCUGAUCAGAAUUUGGUAGUUAAAGAUAACGUUGUGCCAGCGUUGGCCCAAUGCUUUUGUCUGUAUAGUGUAUCUUAAUGAAUGUCCCAACCCCAUCUCAUGACAAUCAACAAUAGUUAUUGAGACGUUUCAUUUAAAAUAUGGUUGAAAACUUACUGCCUUUUGGCAAAAUAACAUUUUGAAUAAAAAAAUGUAGUAUGUGAUUCCAUGUCAACCUGCUGCAAACACUAGAGAAAAAGUCAGGAAAUCAUCGGUGUCCUAAGGAUUCAUACCCAGAUGACCAUGAAUGCCCAAAAUGUCACUGCAGUCCUUUCAGUAGUUGGGUUCAUACUGGGUAUAUGUGGAAAUAUCAUGUCCAUUUCCCAGAUGAAAACCUACAAGAUUUCAUAGUCUCACAAUGUAGAAGGUGCAGUCAGGAUGCUCCCUUAGCAAGGUCAGUGACGAAAAGUACUGCCACUCUGCUGCUCCAUUUGUUUUUUCCAUUAGGACAAUCUUAAAAACAACAUCUGUUGUCAUGUCCAUUAAAGAGUAUAGUAAUGAGCUGCUUUAUUUGGAAAACAUCAUAAGAUAAUUCUGAUUCUGACUUGAAGUGACAUGUCAUUGUACUUUGCCAUUUUAAUAGACCUUGGAGGCAGCAAUUGUUUCAGCUUCAGCCAUGACCUCUGGCCUUGUUUCAGAUCAUUCAAAAGAAUUCUGUUAAUCAUGCCAGUAUGGCUGCUGUCUUUCUGUGGAUAUCUAGAUAAAUAAACAACCAUAUGAAUAGUAUUUGGACUGAUAUUUGUCAGCAGCUAGAAAUGAAAGGAAAAAAAUGUACAUUUAUUGUCCAUUUUCCGUUUGUAACAGCCUCACAUAACUCAUAACCUUUUUUUGCUAUUGUAAAUUUUUGUUGUAAGUUUUCUAAUAUUGUAUCAUUAUAAUUCCUGCUUGUCGACAUUAGGUAAUACAGUUUGCACUGCAGGUCAUCAUCAUCUGGAGUCAACAUAUAUUUUGCAUACCUUUGUGUGGAGCAUUGGAAUAAACUUGUGUUUUAAAUGUGAA